GUUGUAGAAAUCUGAUACCUCUGCCAUUCGCCCUAAAAAGUAUCUUGUCUUUUAUCAAGAGAGAGAAAGUAGUGAAGCUAGAGAGAGAAAGUGCGUUCCCCUUGCCAGAUAUCUCUCUUUUCCGUUCGAUAUCUCAAUUCUCCGUCGAUCUUAUGCAAGAGUCGUCGAUCCUCCGGCGAUCUCCAUUGGGAUAAGUUUCAAUAUUUGAAAUUGGUUGAAAAAGUGCUAACCUUAUGAGCCGGUUUGAGAAACCUAGUUUGUCUUCCAACCUGAGCCGCUUCAUUGCCGGCAUACUCAUUUUGAUUUUCUAUCAUUCAGCCCAGUUAGUCUCUAAUUUUCCAGUUCCUAUACACCCUUUAAAUCUUGAAUCCAAUUCUAAUUGAAGGAAAAAGUUUGAUAUUUUUUGUUGAUCUCCUUUAUUUGAUUCUCUCUCCAAAUCAAAAUCCUGUCUUUUUCACACCCUCUCUCUGUAAUCGUCCCUUGAUCUUAUUGGAUCUUCACAAGUCUCAACAGUUUUACUGCCCUUUUUGCUGUUUCGUAUGGACCCUGAGGACUUAUUUUCCACCAAUUUGAUUGAUGGUACCAUUGCCUCCCGCAUUGAGAGGCAACACAGAUCUCGCCCCUCUGUUAUUGUAAUUGGUGCUGGGAUAUCAGGGGUUGCUGCUGCACGUAGUCUCUAUGAUGCAUCUUUUAAGGUAACCGUACUCGAGUCACGGGACAGAGUUGGAGGCCGGAUUCAUACUGACUACUCAUUUGGUUGUCCAGUUGAUAUGGGUGCCUCAUGGUUGCAUGGAGUUUGCAAUGAGAAUCCCUUGGCUCCAUUGAUACGUGGUCUGGGCCUUACUUUAUACCGAACCAGUGGUGACAACUCUGUCUUAUAUGACCAUGAUUUGGAAAGUUAUAUGCUGUUCAACAUCAAUGGUCAUCAAGUUCCACAACAGACAGUUAUUGAAGUCGGAGACACCUUUAAGAGAAUACUAGAAGAGACAGGGAAAGUGAGAGAUGAAAAUCCUGAUGACAUGUCAGUUUCCCAAGCAAUUUCAAUUGUGUUAGACAGACAUCCAGAACUAAGGCAACAAGGACUUGCCCAUGAAGUGCUGCAAUGGUUUAUAUGCAGAAUGGAAGCUUGGUUUGCUGCUGAUGCGGAUAUGAUAUCACUGAAAACCUGGGACCAAGAACAUGUCCUAACCGGUGGCCAUGGACUUAUGGUGCAAGGAUAUGACCCUAUUAUAAAAUCUCUUGCAAAAGAUAUUGAUAUACGCUUAAACCACAGGGUGACCAAGAUAUCCAGUGGUUACAAUAAGGUAAUGGUUACGGUCGAGGGUGGUAGGAACUUUGUUGCUGAUGCUGCCAUUAUAACCGUUCCUCUUGGAAUUCUAAAGGCCAAUCUGAUUGAAUUUGAACCAAAACUGCCCGAUUGGAAGGUUUCAGCCAUUUCGGAUCUUGGAGUGGGCAAUGAAAAUAAGGUGGCCCUAAGAUUCGACAAGGUGUUUUGGCCUAAUGUAGAACUCCUGGGCAUUGUUGCCCCAACCUCUUAUGCCUGUGGCUAUUUUCUCAAUCUCCACAAAGCAACAGGUCAUCCCGUUCUCGUCUAUAUGGCGGCUGGCAGGUUUGCUUAUGACCUGGAGAAACUUUCUGAUGAAUCAGCUGCCGAGUUUGUAAUGCAACAGCUCAAGAAUAUGUUCCCUGAUGCUUGUGAGCCAGUUCAGUAUCUCGUGUCACGUUGGGGAACAGAUCCAAACUCUCUUGGUUGCUACUCAUAUGAUUUAGUUGGAAAGCCAACUGACGUGUAUGACAAGCUUCGUGCACCAUUAGGUAAUCUAUUCUUUGGUGGUGAAGCUGUGAGCUUGGAUAAUCAGGGAUCAGUGCAUGGAGCUUACUCUGCUGGUGUUAUGGCCGCUGAGAAUUGCCAGACACACAUUUUGGAGAAACAAGGCCAAUUGGAAAAGAUCCCUCUUGUCUCUCUCAGGCAUGAAAUGCUUGAAACUUCUAUUCCUCUUCAGAUUUCUAGGAUGUGAUCUGUGACCAAUUGAAAAUAAUAAAUUAACAUUUCUUGUGUAUGAUAACACCCUUUCGUCUUAUCCUGGUUUGUUGAACAUAAGGAUUCCUUUAAGUUAUCACUUCCCGGAUCAAUUCUGUGUACUUAUUUGGUUUGUGGUCGUAGUCAUUUGGAAUUCUGUCUAAAAUCCAUCACUUAUUAUUUUUA